AUGAAUUCUGCACCGCAGCCGGGAAAUGUCAGUCUGAGGACCGUUAGCUCAAGCCGCCCCCAAUACCAAUACUUCGAGCAACGCUCCGAAGCCGCCUCAGACGACUACUACUCCUUCCCCUCGACAGCUUCCAACUCCGCUAGCAGCAGGGAGGGCGUGAUGCGGUAUGCGACGCCGGUUUCUGGGCCUACAUCGCGGGCGUCAUCGCCGGGCGUGGGUGUCCCCAGGAUGGGUGCGAUUGGGGAACAUGGGCCGUUGCUUGGAGAGGAUACAGCGCCGAGGAGGGUGAGGGCGAGGACUGGUAGGAAUGGGAAUGGGGUGGAUAACUCGGUGUGGAUGGAAGGUGAUUUACCGCAUAUUCGGUAUGCGAUUAAUCAUCUCACGGGGGAUGAGGAGGAUGAGGAGGAUGCGAUAGGACAGAGCCCUGCUGGAGAACGUCCAGAUGGUUUUGUUUGGGACGAAGAACGGGGUUGUUUUACUCGUCUGGGGGCUUCGCCAUCUCCGUCCCAGCAACAACAACAGCAGCAGCAGCGAGAACGACAACCCUCGCCAUCGCGAUCCGUCCGAAGCUCCACAAGUUCCAUGACAACUCUCGCCCACAAAACCUUCAUCGCCGCAGAUCCCCCCGAAAACAGCCCCCUAUACCCAUCCCUCGACUACAUCCCGCCCGUACUUCGCCCCUGGGCCCUAGCCUUACUCAUCUUCUGCUGUCUCCUUAUGCUUGCCGGAGUAUCAUUCAGCAACGUCUGGUCCAGGAAACGACAGGGACUCUGGGACUACGAUGGUCAAAGCGGAUCACGAUACUUUGUCUUCCAGUUUCUGCCGCAGAUCUUAGCUGCUAUCCUCGUUUUGUGGCUACUCGUUGUGCAGGCUGCUGUAUACCGCAUCAUGCCAUUUGCCAUCAUGGCUUCUGAGAGGAGACUCACCCGUGUUCUCCAAAAACUUCCCCUAUUACCGCGGAAUUUCCUCCUCCCGGACUUACCGCAUUUCCUCCAAGGAGAGCCACUAAUAGGCUUCUCGUUGUUUACCAUCUGGCUCGCAAAUUUCUUCGCUAUCCCGCUUCUCAGCUGCAUCUUCCAGGUAAAAUGGUACGUCUACAAUAUCGAAAACCAGGAAACAGCCCAGGGAAGGUUCCGGUGGACGUCCGUCCAGCCAAUCGGAUGGACAAUCGUCUCGGUAUACGGACUACUCACGAUAGGGCUGACGAUACUCCUAAUCCGUUUUGCACGCGCGUGGUCUGGGCUUCUGUGGGAUCCAACUAGUAUCGCGGAUUUGAUCCCGGUUAUCCAGCGGUCGAAUAUCCUGCAUGAGUUUGAUGGUACUGAAACCGCAUCGGACGUGAGCAAGGUCCUUGGACCAAGGGUCUUACGGCUAGGAUACUGGAAACUUUCAGGGAAGAAGGAUAUCCUGUUCUACGGCAUCGGCGAAGAAGACGUUCCCAUCCAUCCACCUUCACCAAACAAAAACAAACACCCAGCCCAACAACAACCGGACCUUGAAUCUAACACUCCCAAAAAAACCCAUCACUGGACCCCCUGGCCCCUCCGUCCAAUUCCCCUAACAGCCAUAACCAUCCUUAUCUCCGCACUUUAUACAGCCUUCUUAAUCGCCAGCUUCCUACACUCUGCCAUCGCAAAUGGCUUCCCGCCACGGCUUCAUACCCUCCCCUCGAAAAACGGGUUCUCGGCUUCAAACUUCGUGUACAGUUUUAUACCUGCACUUAUCGGAAAUAUAUUCUUUCUGGGGUACCAGCACGUCGAUGUGUAUUUUCGCGCGGUACAGCCCUAUGCUUCUCUCUCGGUAUCAUCAGGCGCACUCGCAAAACACUCAAUCCUCCUAUCCUACCCCUUCGAUCUUCCAUUCAUAAUCACGCUCAAAGCCCUAGCCAACAAACAUUUCAAAGUCGCGGUCAUUUCACUCGUUAGCACGAUAUCCCUCUCCAUCCCGAUUCUCGCCGGGGGCAUAUUCACAGCGCUCUACUAUCCCACUGAUCACUCGAUCCGGAUGACUUCGCUAAUGCCAGCGUUUUAUGCACUCGUUGCAUUCUGCGGGGUCUAUGUGCUUUCUUUGUUGGCUGCUUGGCCGAGAAGGAUCAGGUGUCUUCCGCAUGGUAUCGGUACGUUGGGGGAACAGAUUAGUUUUCUGUACAGGAGUGAGGUAGUGCGCGAUGGGGAGGGGGAUUUGGGGUGUAAGGAGGAUUUGGUGAGGAUGGUUAGUGAUAUUGAGGGGGAUGGGGAGGCGAGGUAUGAGCUUGGGAGGUUUGGGAUUGAGAGGGUUGGGAGAGAAGAUGGCGUUGUUUGA